UUUCAGGUUGUCAAGGUCGGAGGUUCUACCCCCUCUCCUUCUGACUCGCCUCACUGUUGUGGGCGAGAGAGUUUUCUUCUUUACUUGCCUAUUUGAAAAGCUAGACAAGUAGGGUUUUAGUCAAAGUCCAGAAGACGCAUCUUCCCUGCUAAACUACUAUGAAAGCAAAAACCCUAACAACGACGACAAUGAAGAAAACAACGACGACAUUGCCAUCAGAUUUCUGGCUCGCCAUUGCCAGAACCGCAGUCUCGCAGAUCUGCCAGUCGGUGGGCUUCAAUGCCACCCAGCUCUCGGCGCUCGAAACCCUCACCCUGGUGGCCACCAAGUACCUGCAGGCCAUUGCCCACUCCGCCGGCUCCUUCGCCAAACACUCCGGCCGCAUCCAAUCCAACCUCCUCGACCUCACCCACGCCCUCCACGGCGUCGUCUCUCUCCACAGCGGCGGCUUCUCCGGAGGCUCCAUUCUCCACAAAGACUCUUCCACUCUGCUGCUCACCUCUGGGGUCCUCAAAGACCUCUCCAGGUUCGUGGAGUUCCAUGAAGAAAUCCCAUUCGCCAAGCCCAUUCCCCGCAGGAAUUGUAGUACCCCCGAGAAUUCGAUUCCUGCCAGCCGUAUAUCGGAUCAUUCCCAUGUGCCCAAAUGGCUGCCCGAAUUUCCGGAAGGGAAGGAAAAUAGAGCGGGAGAGGAUAUAUUGUUGGAGGAAUCGGUUUUAGUGGGGGAUGGUUGUGUUGGAAGGAAUUCCAAUGAUGGAAAGGACAAUCAUAAUGGGAAAAGGGUGGUGGUGGUGGUGAAGGAGCGGAACAAGGAAUUGGGGGUUGUGGGGAGAGAGAGUGUGAGGUUUAGAAUUGGAGGGAAAAGGAUGUACUGGAGUAAUGUUAAAAAUAGAAGUAAAGGGAUUGAGGAGGAUAACAAGAGUAGUGGGUUCAAGAGGAGAAGAAGAUAAUCCGUGAAAUAUAUAC